UUUGUUUUCCCAUCAAACGGAACCAAUUUUCCGACACUCUCAUUGGCUGGCUAUUGGCGCUCCGACAUGUUUUCUUUAGCUCGCUCGAGGGAAAUCACAGGCUACAUUUCUCGUGGUGCAUUCUGCAGACUGACUUGCAGAUACCACUGAGAGCGUUCCUCAUGGCAUGCACCGUGCACACCCGCUGCCAGAUCAUCCUGAAUUCUCGAUCAUAGAAUAUCCCACUUGUCGCGAGUUUCGCGUAGAGAACUGGCGACUGGCUCGAGAUGGUUCUCGGGGCAUAAUCAAGGCAGCCAAAUGGUCCUGGUUUGAUACAUUGCUUCCUGUCGUCCUCGCGGUUGUAUGGCCUCAGAUAUCUAGCAGCAGGGUUGCUGUAUGUCUAUGUGCGGCUCUGACUGCCUUGUAUGUGUAUUCUAAGUGCACUACAGUCCUCUGGGAAUCAGUUAUUGCGAUACCCUCACUCGGGGUUCAGCUGGAGACCCAUCGAGGCCUGCCCGGCUUACCUCUCUUCUGUUCCCGUUAUUUCAUACCCUUAGCCUUCCUUCAGGACUUCAUCAUAAAUGAAGGACUCCGUAGAUGGAACGUCCGAUACUACCUCGCCGCCAUCAAAAAGCAAGAUCAAGAGAUCAGUCUCCAUAUUGCCUACGAGAAUAUCUUGCCUUACUUUGCGGUACUUUUAGAAGUUUACCAUGGUGUGCAUGAGGUCAUGUUCGAGCAUGACAUCCUUCAAAAACCAGACGACGCUACAGCCUAAAUAUCAUUAUUCCACAUGGACAUAGAGUGUGACUGGAGCUCUUUCCGAAAAAAACAAAGCAUAUGCACAAGUAAGAAU